AUGUCAGAGAAAUUUUGGAGCUAUCGUUAUCGCGCCGUCGCCCGUGGUGAAGGACAUAUCUCCCGUUCUAACUUCAUUGAAUGUAUAAGAAACUGUUUUGAUAUUUUUGACAUCUGUCGAAAAAAUCCAAACAAUGGCCAAUAUCUAUAUGAUAUAUCUGUACUCGAUGCACUCCAUGGUUAUCUAGCAAGCUCAUAUACUACAAGUGUUGUUACAAAUGUCGGGCUGCAUUUGGCUAGAAAUGUUAGAAGAAACACCUUUGUAGUUUUCAAGGGAUUUUUCUUGGGAUAUCAAACACAAAUUCGAUCAUCUAUAAGUGUGUCUAAUAUUGCAAAGCUCGCAAUAAAUAGUAUUAUAAACAGAACACCAACCUUUGAAUGCUCGAUGCCUCCUCUUCCUGUUGCCCAUGAAUUAUACGAGAUAGUUUAUAAUAUAUUUUAUGGUGCAUUUCGGGAUCUUCCAUUUGAAGUAAUUUCCUCGUUUGAAUUUGCCUUCGAAAAUGCAUCCAAGCUUUUAUGCUUCAGUGCCACACUUUUAAGGGAAGCUACUAAUUUUCGUGGAUUACGAUUUGAAUUUCGAACUUGGAGUUUGCUACCUAUAGCAAAAGCACGGAAUGGUGACAACUAUCACGAGGAGAGCAAAGAGGUACUAUGGGAACAUGUAUUUAAUAUCGACCAUCUUCAGAAAAACAGACAAAGAAAACAAAACUCUUUAAAUACGAACAAUGAAAAAAACAAGAUCGCACUGGAUUACGGUAUUUCAUCUGAUGGACACAUGGUGCCUGCUCUAUUCUCGGUGAAAACUAUUGAAAGACUUUCAGAAACUAAGAUUGAUGAGCAACAUGCACCAAAUUCUGUUGAUAUCAGUCGUUAG